AUGAAGGGCGAAGCGCCUGGCCGCGCAGGCCGGUCCAUCUCCUUCGCGGCUCCGGAGCCUGAGAGGACGCGGUGGCAGAAGUGCAAGGACUGGGGCAAGGCGGUCCUCAAGGUGGACGCGUAUGCCGUCGACGUCGUGCGCCCGGCCUGGCACUCCACGCUCGUCACCUUCCUCGUCUGGGCCUUCAUGAUCGCCUACAUCAUCCUGCUGGCCAUCUCGCUGGCCCGCACCCCGGCUAUCAAGACCGUUGGUCAGGAGUGGACGAUCGGCACGGGCCCGUUCCCGGUCAAGGUGACGUGCAAGGCGACGCAGGGCUGCCUCAUCAGCAACGUCAUCUCCUCGGGCUUCACCAUCGGCGUCAGCGAGGCCGUCUCCCCCACCGAGCGCUCGUGCGUCGAGAUCGGCUUCAACGAGCAGACCACGGUCAACGUGGUGUUCUCCAUCAACCCGCAGGAGGGCCCGAGCGUCGUGUGGCGCGACGGCGACGGCGACGCGGGCCUCCCCGGCGCCGGCAUCACCCUCGAGAGCGAGAUCCGCUGCCCGCCCGAGCGCGACGACGGCUCCUGCGUCGACCUGCUGAACAUUCCGAUCAAGCCUGGCACCAUGCUGCUCCAGCACGUCGAGACGAAGAACCACACCGCGUCGGGCGCCGCGGCGUUCCGCCGCGAGUGGUUCUCCUUUUCGAUUUCCGACAUCGCCGCGAUCGAGCAGGGCACGACGAACUGCGAGGUGCCCAACAACGGCGUCGGCUGGGUGCAGGCGCGCCUGCGCAUCAACAGCAUGUACAACCUGGUCGAGGUGGACCGCCGCAUCCAGUGGCUGGACUCGCUCGGAGCCAUCGGCGGCGCGUAUGAGCUCGGGCUCAAGGUCGGCCUGCUCAUCCUGCUGGCGCUGUCGUACUCGAAGCGCUCGGCCGUGACGACGCGCAACAUCGCGCGGUCCGUGACGCUCGCGCGGUCCAGCCGGGCGGCGAGCCGCGCGAACAGCCGCGGCACGUCGGGCGCACAAACGCCCAAAGGCUUCUCCGACGUCGUGAAGCGCGAGCGCGACUACCACGCCACGGACGACGCGAUCUACCCUGCCUCGGGCAAGGGGUCGUCGCCGCGGGACUCGCCGGCCCGCCCGGAGCGCGCGCACAACAGCCACACGUCUGAGGAGGCGCUGCCGGUUUGA